AUGAUCACGAGUACAUAUCACCCUGGAGAAAAAAUUGAGAAUGAGUUUUUGAAGGAAAAAAUUCGCUCCAAAAUUAACGAAAUGUUAAAAUGGAAAAGGAGAGGUUUCCCAGGUUGUAAUCCUGUAUCUUUAACAAAUCAUAAUAUAAAAAAUUUAUUUACGAAAGAGUAUUUAAUAUGUGAGAAGACGGAUGGAGUACGGUACUUUUUAUUUAUAGCAUCAAAUACCACAUUUUUGAUUGAUAGGAAUUAUGAAAUUUUUAAGAAUGAUAUGCAUAUACCUACCAUAGAAGAUUUAUCCAAAAAACAACAACUAACUUUAUUAGAUGGAGAAUUAGUUGAAGAUAUUAUAUAUAAUGAGAAGACUGGUGUAGAAGAAAAAAAAAUUGUCUAUUUGAUAUAUGAUGGCUUAUAUAUACAAAGAAAAGAUAUAACAAAUUUAUCUUAUUUUGAAAGAUUAACCAAUGUGUAUAAUUAUGUUAUAACACCUUUAAAAAAAUAUAAAAAGUCUCAAAAAAAUAAAAAAAGCAAAAAUAAUUUACAAACUAAUCAUGAAAAUGAAUCUCUAUAUAUUGAACUUGAUGAAAAAGAUAAUAUUAAAAAAAGAAAAAGUAAUUUAAAUAAUAUGUUAACUGAGGAAGAAAAUGUAUUGAUAUCUCAUAAAAAAAAUGACCAUCCACAUAUCAAUAAUAAAAAUAUGAACGGUGUUAAUGUGAAUGAUGUUAAUGUGAAUGGUGUUAAUGUGAAUGGUGUUAAUGUGAAUGGUGUUAAUGUGAAUGGUGUUAAUGUGAAUGGUGUUAAUGUGAAUGGUGUUAAUGUGAAUGGUGUUAAUGUGAACGGUGUUAAUGUGAAUGAUGUUAAUGUGAAUGAUGUUGAUGUGAAUUGUCUUAAUGUGAACGAUUUUAAUAUGAAUAAUGUCAAUAUAAACAGUAUUAAUAUAAAUCAAGACUUUAAUAAUCAUAAUGAAAAAAAUAAUAUAUUGAUGAAUCAUGGAAUUCUUUUGGAAGAAAAUAAUAAUGGUAUACAAAACAUUGGAACGAAUGAUAAUAUAAAUUCUUUAAAUAAUUGUAACUUACUUUUGUACAAACGUGAACAACAUAGAGAACAAAAAGAAUAUGAGGAAGAAGAAGAUGAACGUUCCUAUUCAUCUGAUGACACUGCUUCAACAAUACAUGAGGAAGAAAUUCCUUUUGAAAUAUAUUUAAAAGAUUUUUAUCCAAUAGAAAAAAUAUGUGAACUUAUAAAAAUUAUGAAAAAGCUACCUCAUUAUUCUGAUGGUAUUAUAUUUACACCUUUACAUUCUCCAUAUAUAACAGGUAAUUUUUAUCAACUCCUAAAAUGGAAACCUCUAAAUUUAAAUACAGUCGAUUUUGGUAUAGAAACUAUAUACGAUGAAUAUAAUAUUCCUAGUAAAUUUGAACUCUUUAUAUCUAUAAACGGAGUAAGGACAUCUUAUAAAUGUUAUCUUGCUGAAUAUGGAGAUGUCUACAAAGAAUUGUUACAAUUAGCUAUUUCUAAUAAAAUAUCACAUUACAUUAUUGAGUGCUAUUAUGUUUCCAAAAAUAUCUUCUCAAUUUGUAAAGGUGAGAAUGGUAGGGAACAAAAAGUAGAAGGCGGAUGGAUAGCUCAAAAAAUAAGAUUCGAUAAAAAUAUUCCAAAUGAUAUAUCAACACUAAAUAAAGUUAUACAAAGUAUACUGGAUAACAUUACUAUAGAUUCAUUAAUCAAAGAAAUAUCCAGAAAUAGAAAAGCAAAGUAA